AUGGAGGCCGACGGUGUGAAGGACGAGCUGGCGGCGAUGCAGCUGGGCGAAAGCGGCGACGUGAACAUGGCAGACACGGAUGCCACGGAUGCGGGUGUCAUCACACUUGACAAGGUGUCGCUGCUGCAGGAGAGCGUGGACAAGAUGGCGCUGAGCAUGUUCAACGCUCUGCGACUACUGCCCGCAGCAACCGGAGAUGAUGCCAAGAAUCAGGAGACAAAGGACGCGAUCACGACGCUGGCGAACGACGUUCUGAAGAUGGUGCAGGAGACUGACGCGCUAAUUGACGACCUGCCAGGACUCGACAAAACGGAGGCUGAGCAGAUGGAGGAGCUGCGAAGGCUGCAAAUUGAAAGUGACGAGGAGGCCCAGACGCUGCGUCAAGUUGCUGAGGAAGCAGAACGGUGGAUGGAUCGUGCACGAGACUCACUUCGUGUCAUCUCGGAGACACGUCUGCGCCGCUGA